AUGUCUCGAUAUGACAUCCUGAGCCUCAUCGAGCAGGGCGGCGGCAUUGCCCUCGUGCCGAACUUCCUGCCCGAGUUUGUGGCUGAGGGCGCCCUGCGCAUUCUGGAAGACAUGCCUGCCGGCCGCUGGAACGACACGGCGGCCGAGGAGGACUACACGCACAACAACAUCGCACACCGCUUCUGGAGCAUCAAAGGGGGCGCGCCAGCGCCCAGCAGCGGCGGCGGGAGCCCCAGCGCGGCGCUCGAGGCGCUGCUGCGCGCCUUUUCCCUGCUGCUCCCCGACCAGUUCAACGCCUUUAGCGUGGCGCGGUACGAGCGGGGCCACCACAUCGCGCUGCACGACGACCGCGCCUACACACCAGUCAUGCUCGACUCGGGCGAGGUGCUCACGUGCUCACGCGACGUCACCUGCGUCUACUACCUCACCAAGGACUGGGAGGAAAGCAUGGGGGGCGCCCUGGUGGACCUGGAGGCGCCGCCGGCCCACGGAGCAGCACCAGCAGGAGGAGGGCCCGGCGACGCGGCUGCCGCCAUGUGCAGUAGCGGCAGCGGCAGCGACGCGGGCCGGCAGCAGCAGGGGCAGCAGCAGGGGCGCGCCUACGUGCCGCAGUUCAACUGUGCAGUGUUCUUCAGGGUGCCGCGCUGGCACUGCGUGACGCCGCUGCGCACCGACCGGCCGCGGUACAGCGUGUUUGGCUGGUACCUGCAGCCCGGCCAGCUGUACCAGCUGUACAGCGGAGACCAGCAGGGACAGGGUGCGGCAGCAGGCGCGGCAGCAGGCGCGGCAGCAGGCCAGUCGCAGGCGCCGGCGCUGCCGCCGCCGCCGCCGCAGCCGCCGCAGCAACCUGGGCUGCGCAGCGUCGGCGCGAAGGGCGCCCGCAGCAAGCGGCGGCCAAAGGACGCCAAGCAUAAGCAGCAGCAGCAGCAGCAGCAGCAGCUGGAGCCUGGAGACGGGGCGCCGCGGUGCAAGCUGGCGCAGCGGCUGCUUGCCAACCUGGCCGCCAAGCAGCGGCGGCAGCAGGAGCGGGCUGGCCGCUAG